ACACAUUUCAGCAUGGCAUCGAACUUCACACUUCGCAGCAUGUUUGUCAGCAGUUAAAUCAAAUAUCUGAAACAGUUUCUUCGUGUUAACUACGUGCUAGAUUUAUUUACGUAAACCUUCCUCUGCAACGCGUUGGUUGUUAUUUAUGUUAACGUUGUCUGAUAACGAGAGACGAAGCUUUAAUGGUCCAACGUGACUGAGGACAGAUAACAAAUUUUACAUAUUUAACGUCUUCAGCCGAAUUUUUUUAUAAUGUCAAAAGUAAAGGCAGACAAAACGGAAGUCCAAGCAAAAACACAACAGCCAGCAUCUAAAAAGAAAAAGAAUGCGAAAAAGAAAAAGAAACCUUGGUUUGAAAAGAAAGACUCGUCAGGCGACCAAAGAAAAGACAAAACUCAACAAAUCCAACCUCCAAAAGAUGCCCAACAAUUUUCUGCCAAUUGGAAAAUGUUGCAAGAGAUGUUAAAAUCCACUCAGCCUGAGAAGAAGCAGCCAGUGACACUAAAACAUUUGAAUGGAGACAAAAGUGUGACAGGAGAAAAUGUUUCUAAAGACAUUUUCAAGACCAAUUCAGAGGCCAGACAGACUGACACUAGGAGGGUGAAACACAAAGUAGUUUCUAACGGUGAUGUCCCGAAGGACUCUGGGCUGCACCCAAAGGUUCCAGCUGUUGUAGCGACAGGACAGUCGACUGGUCCAAAAAGAAAAAGAGAUGGUGGAAAGUCAAAGAGUGACCCUGAAGCCAAGAAAAUGAAACCAGCGUUUGAAAAGUCAAAACCUACUGAAGAAGAUCUCUGGUUUGAUGACGUAGACCCUGAUGACAUUGAGGCGACUGUGGGGACAGAGGCGGCAGAAAUUAUGAGGAAGAAGCAGGGAAUUCAGAAAAGCAAUGACGCAGAGCGCACUCUGGUGAAGGAGCACGCCUUUGAGGGCUUCACCAGAGCUGUGGCGAUUGAUUGUGAGAUGGUGGGAGUCGGUCCUGACGGGCAGGAGAGCAUCUUGGCACGCGUGUCUCUGGUGAACCAGUUCGGAAAAUGCAUCUAUGAUAAAUAUGUGAAACCCACAGAGAAGGUGACCGACUACAGGACAGCUGUCAGUGGGAUUCGACCGAGUGACAUCAAAGACGGAGAGGAUGUGAAGAUUGUGCAGAAGGAGGUUGCUGACAUUAUGAAGGACAGAAUACUGGUUGGUCACGCCAUACACAAUGAUUUAAAGAUUUUACUCUUGGAUCAUCCUAAAAAGAAAAUCCGGGACACUCAGAAGUACAAACCCUUCAAGAAGAUUGUUAAGUGUGGUCGACCGUCCCUGAAGCAUCUCUGUAGAGAAAUACUGAACGUGAAGGUGCAACAGGGGGAACAUUCAUCUGUCCAAGACGCACAGGCCACCAUGAGGCUGUAUACUCUGGUGAAAAAGCAGUGGGAAGCAGAUUUUAAAGGCAGAAAUAAGAACAAAGACUCGGACAUUAGGAGGGAGAGAAAGCCUAAACGAAUUAAGAACAAGGGCAGAAAUCCCAUGGCUUCAUGAAUGUACAGCCUCUGUCUGGCUCAGAGCAGAGCUGGCGAAAACCGAGCUGCAGACUGUGGUUUCAGCCAGAGGUUACAACAUCUGGGGGAGCUCAAACGUGUUAUUGACGUGUAUUAUUUCAGCAGAAUCCGAAUCCAGUUCCAAAUCACAUUUCCCAGAAAAUCGGAGGCGGUUGUUAGAUCCUCUCCAAUCCAAAUAUUUUCCAGUUCCCAGCAGCUGUUGGCUGUGUCCAGUUUCACACACUGCAUUGCUUCUUGUUAUUCUUCCAGUACUUUAAAAAGUCAUGACAGAUUUGUCAAGUUCAUUCUAUUCAUUAAAUUCAUUCGUACUUGUUUCGGAAA